AAUAACUUGGCACAAAUAUCUACCACAUCAAGAUGACAUCAUUCAUGUAAGCUACAUACAUGCCAAGUUAAAUGUCAAAGUAAAAAGUGUCCUGAACCUUUACCUGGCUCCCAUAUAUCUAAGUAGCAAUCCCAAGCCUCAUCUUAAUAUAAGCUGCCCACACAGCAAGUGUGGUGUCAAUAGGUCACAACAAACUAUUUAUUAUGUGGAAACUGAAUUUCUUUUUUAAGAAACAGUGACCAUGACCUUGUUCAAAGACACCUGUGUAGCAAUCCCAAGUUGCCUCUUGAUAUAAGCUACCCAUACACCAAGUUUUGUGUCAAUAGGCCAAAGCAAACUCAAGUUAUUCAGGGCAAAACUGUAUCUCCAUUUUAGUAACAGUGACUUUGACCUUGACCACAGACACCUGGGUAGAAAUCCCAAGCUGUGUCUUGAUAUAAGCUAAGCAUACACCAAGUUUGGCGUCAAUAAGCCUAAGCAAGCUAAAGUUAUUGAGUGGAAACUAAAUUUCUAUUUUUAGUAACAGUGACCUUGACCACAGACACCUGGGUAACAAUCCCGAGCUGCGUCUUGAUAUAAGCUACCCAUACACCAAGUUUAGCGUCAAUAGGCCUUAGCAAAAUAAAAGUAUUGAGCAGAAACUAAAUUUCUAUUUUUAGUAACAGUGACCUUGACCACAGACACCUGGGUAGCGAUCCCAAGCUGCCUAAGCAAACGAAAGUUAUUUAGUGGAAACUGAAUUUCUUUUCUUUUAUUUUUAGUAAAAGUGACCUUGACCUUGAUCACAGACACCUGGGUAGUAAUCCCAAGCUGCCUCUUGAUAUAAGCUACCCACACACCAAGUUUGUUGUCAAUAGGCCAAAGCAAACAAAAGUAAUUGAGCGGAAACCAAAGUUGAUGCCUGACUGCCUGCCCGCCCACCCGCCUGCCUGCCCGCUGACUUCGGCAUUACAAUAACCCAGUUUUGUUGAAACCUGGUUAAAAAUCUUGUUCAUACUCUAGUGGCUACUGUUUUGAUCCAAAUAUCCUAGAAAUUGGUCUUAAAGUUUGUUUUGAUGAUUUCUAGGUCAAGUUUGAAUAUGGGUAACCUGGGGUCAAAAACUAGGUCACCCCACCUAAAUAAACCUUGUUAACACUUUAGAGAUCACAUUUUUGACUCAACUGUCAUGAACUUUUGUCAGGAUGCUUGUCUAGGUAAUUGCUCGAAAGAGUUUGAUCAUGGGUCAUUUCAGAUGAAAAACUAGGUCACAGGAGCUUAAAAUAGAAAAAUCUUGUUAACACUCUAUUGACUACUGAAUUGAUCCAAAUAUCCUGGAAAUUGGUCUGAAACUUUGUUUUGAUGAUUUCUAGGUCAUGUUCAAAUAUGGGUCAUGUGGGGUUAAAAACUUGGUCUCACUUUCCAAAUAUUGAAAAACCUUGUUAACACAUUAGUGGUCACAUUUUUAUGCUCCCCGAAAAAUUUCGGGGGAGCAUACAGUCGCCGCCUUGUCCGUCUGUCUUUCCGUCCGUCCGUCCGGACAACAGGUAUCAAUAUGGAACUUUGUAGGUAGACAGAUCUCAUUGAGUACGUGUGCAGUGCACAAGAACCGUAACUCUGCCUUGCCUAAUUUUUUAAUUAUUCCCCUUUGUUUAUUUUCACACUUUGAACUUUGUCCAGAACAUAACUCUAAAUCUAUAAGAGGUAUCAACAUGAAUCUUUGUAGGUAGAUAGAUAUCAUUAAGUAGGUUUGCAGUGCACAAGAACUGUAACAAUGUUUUGCCUACUUUUGGAGUAAUUGCCCUUUGUUCAUUUUGACACUUUGAACAUUGUCCGGGACAUGACUCUAAAAUUAUAAGAGAUAUCAACAUGAAACUUUAUAGAUAGAUAGGUCUCAUUGGGUAAAAGUACAGUGCUUAAGAAUCAUUACUCUGCCUUGCUUUAUUUUGAAGUUAUUGCCCUUUGUUUAUUUUUACUUUUUGACUUUUGUCCGGGACAUAACUUUAAAACAAUUAGAGAUAUCAACAUGAAACUUUGUAGGUAGCUAGAUAUCAUUGGAUAGAACUGCAAUGCUUAAAGAACCUAAACAAAGCCUGGUCUAGUUUUGGAGUUAUUGCCCUUUGUUCAUUUUUACACUUUGAAUUUUACCCGGGACAUAACUCUGAAACUAUAAGAGAUAUCAUCAGGAAACUUUAUAGAUAGAUAGAUCUCAUUGAAUAGAAGUGCAGUGCAAAAAACAUAACUCCGCCUUGCCUAAUUUUGGAGUUUUUGCCCUUUGUUUAUUUUUUAAGCUUUCCUAUGUCCAGAACCUUCUCGGGGAGCAUCAUCCGGUUCAACCGGUUCUUGUUGACUCAAUUGUCAUCAAACUUGGUCAGGAUGCUUGUCUAUGUAAUUGUUCGGAUGAGAUUAAUGGGUCAGGUGAGCAAUCUAGGGCCAUCAUGGCCCUCUUGUUAUGUUUAUUUGUUUGUUUCAGACUGUUAAAAUGGAAAAGAAUGAAGAAAAAAAUAAAUGCAGUUAUCAAGUCACAACUCCUUAUCCAAUUCCUAAAAAUUUCCAAAUAACUUUUGGCUGUGGUGACAGAUUUCAGACUGUUAAAAUGGUUAAAAUGGAAAAGAAUGAAGAAAACAAUACAUGCAGAUAUCAAGUCACAACUCCUUAUCCAAUUCCUGAAAAUUUCCAAAUCACUUUUGGCUUUGAUGACAGGCAUAACUUUGAUGGAAGGCUUGGUCCAAAUUACAAGUCAACAUCAACAACUUUACCUAGGCAACCUGAUCUGUAUCAGCCUGGUCUAUCUUCAGAUGAAGGUCUAACUGCCAGAAGGAUUGGGAAAAGUGGUUUUGGCCAGACUGUGCCUUGGCAAUAUGACCAAGAAACCAGUCAGUAUGGUCAGCCUGGCACUUUGCAUGGAAACUACCAACAAGAACAGCAAAGAUCAAGUGGUCCAAUCAUUCCAAGUUUGCCACCACCAUAACAUUUUCAGAAUUCAAGAUAAAAAUGUAAGACAAACUUCACCAAUGGAAGAUAAGUCAUCUCAACCUCUGAGGCAGAUACCGCAACACUCGGGGACUGCGAGCAGACCAGUUCCUGUAGACAGACAGCCGUCAACAGUUUUAUCAGUGGAUGCAAGAACUGAACCUGUAAAACAUGUUUUAGCACCAAAGGUUGUGCCACCAAGAAUAGGUGCAACCUUUGUGCCUGCAGGAGCUGCAGAUCCAGCUCCAUACCACUUUUAUUCAGAUGAUCAAUUUGUGGACAUUAAUCAAAGGGGGGAAAUCAAGAUUAACGAUACCAACAGUGGUGAACAAAUCUUAGUGGUAUGGUUGCAGAAUUUAGACAGAAAGCAUACACAAGAGGAAAACAAUAGAACAGAUAUUAAGGAGGUAGUCGGACAGGAAAAUCGCUGUAGACGUUUUUUGGAUGAGUUGGAGGCAGACAUUAAAUUAAUAAUUAAUAUACAUAUUAAAGAAAAUCAUGUUGUCAGAAAAGAAAAUAAGUCAACAUUUUACGAUAUUCUAUCUGCGUAUUUGGCUAUAAAAACUACCCUUUUCUUUGGGCCAAUAACAUCAAGUGGUGAUUGUUUCAGAAUAGAAUGGGACUUUAAUUGGCCAGUUGGAUUCGAUUGUGAAGACACUUUAUAUUACUGCCGUGUAGUGCUGGACCAAAACGGUGUAAUUAAAACGGCAUAUCCUAUAAAAUACAGUCAAAUGUGUAAUAUGUGACCACGCAAGGGAAACAUCAAAAAUGGUCACUUAAUGUUAAGACGACACUUUAUAUUACUGUCGUGUAGUGCUGGACCAAAAUGGUGUAAUUAUAACGGCAUAUCCAAUAAAAUACAGUCAAAUGUGUAAUAAGUGACCACGCAAGGGAAACACCAAACAUGGUCACUUAAUGAAAUGGUCAUUUAAGACAACUCUUUAUAUUACUGCCAUGUAGUGCUGGACCAAAACGGUGUUAUUAUAAUGGCAUAUCCAAUAAAAUACAUGCAGUCAAAUGUGUAAUAAGUGACCACGCAAGGGAAACUCCAAAAAUGGUCACUUAAUGAAAUGUUCAUUUAAGACAACCUGUAAGAAAAGGUUAGCCAAAUUCAACAAGAAAUGUACACGGAAUCCGCCCAGAAAACACAAAUUUUUCUAUUGUUCCUGCUAGCAAUAGGCAGACAUGGAAUUCUACAAAAAGAUCCAACAUAAGGCGUAUUCUCCUUAAAUCUGAACAGGAAAAAAAUUCUGUUAACCUGAAAAAAUAUUUGCUGUUUAUUCCUUAGGUGGAAUAAUGCGUUCACUAGACAGAAAAUAGAACUUGCAUUAUUUUACUGCUAAAUGCUUAAGGGUUUUUUUUUGACUUUGUUGAUUUUUUUAAGUGGAAAUUGUAAGUUAGACUUCUAAAUGUUAAACGGAAAUUAAAGUUAACAUAUAUUUUUUUGCAAGGCAGAAUUUUGUUGUUUAUACAUGUGGUCAGUCAAAUAAAUUUGUUUCUGGAAUAACUUUAACAAAUUUUAUUUUAAUCUCUUUAUUAUAACCUCAAUAAAAAAUGUAAGACUUCCAUUCUGUCAUAUAUCAGUGGUGUACAGCUGUCAUAAAUCAGUGGUGUACAGUUGUCAUAUAUCAGUGGUGUACAGCUGUCAUAUGUCAGUGGUGUACAACUUUCAUAUAUCAGUGGUGUAUGACUGUCAUAUAUCAGUGGUGUACAACUGUCUUAUGUCAGUGGUGUACAAUUGUCAUAUGUCAGUGGUGUACAACUGUCAUUUGUCAGUGGUGUACAACUGUUUUAUAUCAGUGGUGUACAUUUGUCAGUGGUGUACAAGAGUCAUAUAUCAGUGGUGUACAACUGAUAUAUAUAUAUAUAGGUGGCGUACAACUGUCACAUGUCAGUGGCGCACAACUGUCAUAUAUCAGUGGUGUAAAACUGUCAUAUGUCAGUGGUGUAUGACUGUCAUAUAUCAGUGGUAUGACUGUCAUAUAUCAGUGAUAUGACUGUCAUUUAUCUUUGGUGUACAACUGUCACAUGUCAGUGGGGUACAAGAGUCAUAUAUCAGUUGUGUCUGCCUGUCAUAUAUCAGUGGUGCACAACUGUUAUAUAUCAGUGGUGCACAACUGUCAAAUGUCAGUGUUGGACAGCUGUCAUUUGUCAGUGGUGUAUGACAGUCAUAUAUCAGUGGUGUAUGACUCAUUUAUCAGAGAUGUACAACUGUAAUCUUUCAGUGGUGUAUGACUGUUAUAUGUUAGUGGUGUAUGACUGUCAUAUGUCAGUGGUGUA